AUGAACGAGGAGAUGACAAAAAGCGAGGAGCAGCAUCUUAGUUUGCAGAAAGCCUUGCAGCAGUGCGAGUUGGUGCAAAAUAUGAUAGACAUAAGCAUUUCUAGUUUGGAGGGUUUACGGACCAAAUGUGCCACAUCCAACGACUUGACACAAAAAGAGAUACGAACGCUGGAGGGGAAGCUCGUAAAGUACUUCAGCCGCCAGCUGUCCUGUAAGUGCAAAGUGGCCUUAGAGGAGCGAAGUGCCGAGCUGGAGGACUUCCCUCGCCUCGGCCACUGGUUCCGCAUCGUCAACUUGAGAAAAGAGGUCACACAGGAGAUGAGCCCAGGUGAGAUGACUCUGGAGGGCCUGCUGGAGAUGAGUGAGGAUCAGGUGUGCGAGCUGCUGCAGAAGUUUGGUGCCAAUGAAGAGGAGUGUGCCCGACUAAACGCCUCCCUCUCCUGCCUCAGAAAGGCCCACCAGCUCGGUAACCAGACAAAGCAGGACUGGUCCAUCCAGUGGCCCACCUCUGAGUCAGGUAAAGAAAACACUCCGGUGUGCCAGCCAGAGGCCAGUCAGUGGAUCCGAUUCCAGCUCUCCCAAAGCCCUAAAGUCCAGUCCAAGUACAACCAGCACAUGUGCCACAGCCCCCAGGCCCUGCCCCCCCCUUUGUAUGCCGAUCGACUCACUGUCGACAGCCCCUCCACAGGGCUCUUCCCUCCUUUGGACUUUGGUCAUCGUUCCCUGCCCCCAUCACCCCGCCAGAGGCAUUUUGGCCACACGCCUCCUCGGACUCCCUUGGUGGUCAACACCAUGACCCCUCCUGGCACUCCCCCCAUGCGGCGAAGGAACAAAGUGAAGGCCCCAGGAACGCCUCCUCCACCAAGCCGCAAGCUUAUCCAUCUGUUGCCGGGCUUCACCGCACUGCACCGCAGCAAAUCCCACGAGUUCCAGCUGGGGAACCGUUUGGAUGACACCCAGACACCAAAAGCCAAGAAGAAGACCAAGCCCUUGAACCUUAAAAUCCACAGCAGUGUGGGCAGCUGUGAGAAUCUGCCCACACAGCGCUCACCCCUCCACACUGAACGAUCUCUGCGAUCCUUCUUCUUCCCCUCCUUCAUCCCUUCCACACCUCCUGUCCAUGCUGAAACACCCUCUGCAAACACUCUCUCAGUGCCUCGCUGGUCCCCACAGAUUCCCCGAAGAGAUCUAGGAAACUCGAUAAAACACAGGUUUUCCACAAAGUACUGGAUGUCCCAGACAUGCAUAGUAUGUGGAAAGGGAAUGUUGUUUGGACUGAAAUGUAAAAACUGCAAGCUGAAGUGCCACAACAAAUGCACCAAAGAAGCCCCACCUUGCCAUUUACUGAUCAUACAGCGAGGCGGACGAGAAUCCCUCAAAGCUCGUCUGGUAAGGACCGAAUCAGUGCCAUGUGACAUCAACAACCCGCUCAGGUACACAGACCUGCACAUCAGUCAGACUCUCCCUAAAACCAACAAAAUCAACAAGGAUCACAUCCCGGUCCCGUACCAACCGGACUCCAGCAGUAAUCCCUCAUCCACCACAUCCUCCACCCCGUCUUCUCCGGCCCCACCCCUGCCUAGCAGUGCCACGCCCCCCUCGCCACUACACCCCUCCCCACAGUCAGCGCGGCAACAGAAACAGUUCAACUUGACAGCCUCCAGUUAUUUCAAAUACAAACAACAGUUCAUCUUUCCAGAUGUUGCUCCAGAGGCUCCUCCCAGCAGAGCACCACAGGUCAUCCUGCAUCCUGUCCUGUCUGAACCAGGGAAUGAAACAAACCCUUUGCUCCAAAUCGAAGUUGAACCUACAUCAGAUAAUGAAGAGGGCAACGACGAGGACUCUGGCGAUGAGUUUGAGGAGAUGAAUCUGUCGCUUCUCUCAGCCCGCAACUUCCCCCGCAAGGCCAGCCAGACCAGCAUCUUUCUGCAGGAGUGGGACAUCCCAUUUGAGCAGCUGGAAAUCGGGGAGAUGAUCGGUAAGGGACGCUUUGGCAAGGUUUUCCACGGACGCUGGCAUGGCGAGGUGGCCAUCCGCUUGAUUGACAUCGAGCGUGACAACGAGGACCAGCUCAAGGCUUUCAAGCGUGAGGUGAUGGCCUACCGAAACACUCGCCAUGAGAAUGUGGUGCUGUUUAUGGGGGCCUGCAUGAGUCCACCACAUCUGGCCAUCAUCACAAGCUUGUGUAAAGGAAGAACGCUUUAUUCUGUGGUGCGGGAUGCCAAGGUUGUGCUGGAUGUUAACAAGACACGACAGAUUGCACAAGAGAUGGUCAAGGGGAUGGGCUACCUCCAUGCUAAAGGGAUCUUACACAAAGACAUGAAGUCCAAGAAUGUUUUUUAUGACAACGGCAAAAUCGUCAUCACCGAUUUUGGACUCUUCACCAUCUCUGGGGUUCUGCAGGCUGGCAGCCGGAGAGAAGACAAACUGAGGAUCCCCAACGGCUGGCUGUGUCACCUGGCACCAGAAAUUAUCCAGCAGCUCUCUCCAGACACAGAGGAGGACAAGCUUCCUUUCUCCAAACAGUCAGAUGUCUUUGCUUUUGGCACCAUCUGGUACGAGUUACAUGCACGUGAGUGGCCUUACAAGAGUCAACCAGCGGAGGUGAUCAUAUGGCAGAUUGGCAGUGGGAUGAAGCCCAACCUCGCCCAAACGGGCAUGGGGAAGGAGAUAUCAGACAUUCUGCUCCUCUGCUGGGCUUACAAGCAGGAAGAGCGGCCCAGCUUCUCCAAACUGGUAGAUUUACUGGAAAAGUUGCCAAAACGGAACCGCCGCCUUUCCCACCCAGGGCACUUCUGGAAGUCAGCUGAGUAUGUCAAAUGA